UUCGAUUUUGUUCUCUUAACCGUGCUCGACAAAAUAUAUUGCUCUUAAUACCAGAAUAAAAGUACGUAGAACCUUACGUGCUGUCCGAGUGAAUCAUCAAUGGGCAUUCACUUUUGACAAAUGUAUUUGUGUAUUACCAUCUGGCAACAUUGGUUAGUCGAUUAUUCUGCGAUUAAAAGAUGUAAUCACCUGAUUGCUGUUUGCAGGAGUUGAUAUUAUUUUAUCAGCAUCAGUGAUUCAGUGAAUUGGCUAAAAUUCCUAUUUCAUGUAAAAUAAGUAACAUAACAUCCAUUCCAACAUGCACGGAAGACUGAAAGUUCGCACAACUGAAGAGGAACGCGAGCGUAAGAAAAAAGAGCAAACACUUAAGGUGAAAGCUUAUCGAGCCGCGAUGGGAAAAAUACAGGAGAAACGUCGUUUACAACAACUGGAUGACGAAAUGUUGACACUUACUUCGCAAAUACUACUUAGAAAUCCAGAUGUAUCAACAUUGUGGAACAUUAGACGGGAAUGUGUUGAACAAAGAUCAUUGAAUAUAGAUGAUGGGGAUCAGAGGCAAGCAAUUUACGACACGGAAUUAAAUUUUAGCGAACAGUGCUUAUUAGUAAAUCCGAAAUCGUAUAAUGGCUGGCACCAUCGGUGUUGGACAUUAGAACACAGUCCUAAUGCUAAUUGGGAGAGGGAAGUCCUGCUUUGCAAUAAAUAUUUGAAAAUGGAUGAGCGAAAUUUUCACACUUGGGAUUAUCGUCGCUACGUGGUUGAAAAAGCAUGCAUAUCUAGACAAAAUGAGCUGGAUUUUUGCACAGAAAAAAUAAAAGCAAAUUUCUCAAAUUACUCUUCGUGGCAUCAUCGCAGUUUAUUGUUACCACAAUUGUAUCCUUAUGAAGGUAAUGCGCAACCAAAGCAAGCAAUGAAUGAAGAAAAACUGAAAGAAGAACUGGAAAUGGUACUUACGGCCGCAUUUACAGAUCCAAAUGAUAGUAGUGCUUGGUUUUAUCAAAGAUGGUUAUUAGGUUACUCCCGACAGGAAUUAGAUGUAUGUGCUUUUCGGUGCGAUAGUAACCGUGCAGUCCUAUCAUUCACUAAUCCAAUUAUUUUAACCAAAGAAGAUGUGGUAAUAACUGAUUCCAACGGAAAAAUUAAGAAGAAAAUUGCAAAUUGGAAAUCUAUUAACGGUACUAAAUCAGAUACUACAUGGUUUUCCUACCUUAACGCUGAUAAAAUAUUAGAUAUUAACGAUCGAUAUUUUUUGGAAUUCCACAUUACUGACAUCAAUGUAAAAAAAAUUAAUUUAAAGACGUACAACCAGAGUGUAUACUUUUUCAAACCACCAAACCAGUCUUUUACAUUUACGGAAAGUGUUUUAAAAGAGUUACAGACGCAACUAGAGUCGUGCGAAAGUUUGUUAGAAUACGAGCCAGAUAGUAAGUGGACAUUGCUAACAUCUGCCUUACUGAUGCGAGCUAUAGACUCUCAAAAAUAUCACGAUAAAUCUUUGAAAUAUCUGGAAAAACUUCAAAAAGUUGAUAUACUUCGAGAGAACUACUACCGAGAUGUGGCAUCUAAAUGGAUAUUGGAAAAACAUCUGUUAGACUGGGCAGUUUCAGAGAAUAUUCCAAAGGAAUUAGACUUGCGUAAUGAAGAGCAUUUAAACGUCAUUUUCUAUCCACAGUAUUUAUGUAUCGCAGACAAAGUUUUGGUAUCAGAAAAGUUGCACCAUUACACUAAUAUAAAGCAAUUGCAAGGUUUUGUGUCAUUUAAACUUUAACAAUAUAAUAAUACCUAGGCACAUAUAUUGUAGAUGUAUAAGUAAAAUUAAUGACUUUAUUUUGUAAAGCAGGACUAUAAAUAUAAAUGAACAAGUUGAAACCAUAUGAAACCGAUUACAAUAUUUUAAUUAUUCAUUUGAAAUUAGCAAAACCAGAAAGAUGUUGCAUAUUUAUAUUAACACCAUGAUUAUCAUUCCAAAUGUAUUUUAAACUUUUGUGUAAUACUUUCUUAGAAUAUUAUAUUAACAAAUAUAUUAAAAUAAUAUAAAUUAAGACCACCUUAUAAAACUACGUUUUAUAUAGUUCACAGCUAUCUUCGUCAAGUUAUAUAAGUAUGCAUAAAUUAUCUAAAUUUUAUUGUCAUGGAGUCAAAGUUACUGGAAAUAUAUGAGACAUUUGUUAAUUUUAUCAAA